UGUGCUGGUCGGAUACAUCAGCGCCGCAACGUCCUUUCCUUUCUUUUAUUUUCUUUUACAACAACGUGAUUCUUUCGUGCUCGGUUUGUUUAUGUUUACGGAUAUAUUCUAAUGCCGACGCCGUAGGGAACGGAAGUUUAAGCUGCUCAGUGAUUUAUGGCUCGUUCGGAGAGUCAUUUCAUAAACAUUCUAUUCGCGAAUAUCGUUGGCCAGUGAUUUAAUACGAUUUUCCUUUGUAUUUGUGUCGUCCCUUUGGGUGCGAAGAAAAUCAGACAGUGUCCACGUACUUUGAGAUCGCGACAAGCCCCGCCUUCGACCGGAUAAACUAAAAUGUUGGUGCAUUCGACCGGAUGUCCGUUGACACGCGUGUGUGCAAGUAGCUGACACAAACUCGAUGUUUUGCACGAUCUAACACCGGGGCCUCGCGCGCUCGCCUUCCCUCGUUCUUACCAAGUUGAAAAAAUCGUAUUUAUUGCCCGACCCCCUCGCUCGAGCGUGUUUGCUUUUGUUCUCUCGCGCGUCCCCCUACGGAAUGUAAAAAUCGUAGCCGCCGACGAGUAGCUCGAGACGCGAGACCGAGUCUGAUAAUAUUUAUUGAAAAAAAUACGAAAAUGGGAGUCCGCCUUUCGUGACAUAUUCCACCAAUCUCGUUUCCUCCUCAUUCUCUGUUUAUCGCUCUCUGUUUUAUCGAUCGAGAGCCCCGAACACGAGUGCAUUUAAGUUCUUUCAAAGUUACUUUUCAACGAGUCGUGCACAGUGAAAUAAAAUGUGUCUGUGAUGAGAUUUCGAUCCCGAAUCAAUGAAACGAUCCUCGAUGUGCCCUCUUCGAACGACUGGCAACUUUACGGAGCCGUGUAUCUCUGAAAAAAGUGAAAAAAUAUCCGACAAUUGAAUACGAAGAAUCAUCGAUUGUUACGAAAAUGAUGCGCGACGAGUGCGAAUCAAUUUGGUCGGGGGAUAUUUGAUGUUUGGAUUAUUAGGCUCUUCGAAUGCAGAGUCUCCAUUCCCCGCCACCAAAAUCGCCUUCGCCUCAGUGAUACAGUGAUUUUUCAAAACAACCGCAAAAGCAUUUAUAUUCGUAAGCGUUUGCGCGGGGCAGCGUCGAGUCUCGCGCAUCAAAAGCCUCCCAGAUAAUGCAGUCCAAUACGAUACUCCGCGAUGUCGGCAACACUGAAAAAUUGAUGGGAAAUAACAAUAAUUUAAACAACAAUGGAUCGCCCGGAACAGAAAUAAUGUUCCAGAUGGAAGACGAAGGACUGACGCAGCUCGGUAGCGUCUUCCAGUCGGCUUACCAGUCCAUCGUCGGCGGUGCUGCUCAGUAUGGCUCUGAGGAAUUCGGCCAGGACUCGCCGAGAUACACGUCUCCGAAGGCGGCAACUUUAUACGCGGAUCCUUACUAUAUAGAUGGAAAUGCUACCGGUACGGGCGCGGGUGACCCAUGGACGGCUGGCGGUGGCGGAGUUCAACCACCUUACAGCGGCUAUGCACAACCCCAUCUCGCUCAACCUGCCUACCCCAUGCACUUACCCCACGACCCCAUGACGUACUCAGCUAUGUCGCCAAAUGGCGAGCCGGCGGCCCCGAUCCUCGGUUCGGCGGUGACGAGCGCUGCUUCCUUGCCUCCAAUGUCGACGUUCCGAGGUAGCGGCGCAGUUGUAGCGAGUAGCGGGACCGGCGCUCCUUCCCCGGCUUCGUUGCAGUACAGCCACAGUCCGGGUGCAGCGGCCACGUCCUCGAACGCGACGAACGCACCGAGCAAUAACCAAACACCCACGGGUGACGGUCUUGGAAAAGCGUUAGCGUCUGUCGUAAGCAAUCGAAUUUAUCCUACGGACCAAUCAGUUUCGAGCUAUAGCAGUAAUCCUUCGACACCUGUGAGUUCGCCACCGCCAUUAAGCGGAGCCGGUGGCUCAGCACCAGGAUGGGCACCCGGUGCAGCACCAGUUUCGCCUCACUAUACCGCCGAUCCUACUCAUGGAACGAUACAUAUGCCGGCGCCCGAACAGCAGAGGCUAGACGAUGCCAUCGGCUUUCUUCGCGACCACGCCGAGUUGGUACAGGGUACGCGGAUGGAGGAGCGACUGGACGAUGCGAUAAAUGUCCUUAGAAACCAUGCCGAGAGUCAACUCGGCCUUCACCUCGGUCCUGUAGGACCGCACGGUUCGCUCUAUUCCCACACAUCACCACCGCAGUUGGAUCAUUUGGCGAGUCCGCAUUCUGCGGUAACGGUCGCGCAACCUCAAGGAUCUUAUCCUGGCCUCGCACCGACCCCGGACACCGACGGUUCCAUAAAAAUCGAAAGGCUACCGGUCACGAAUGCCAAAUACAUCUCUUUAGAAAAGAGGAAAGAUCCACCGGACAGCAGUGCCGGUGAAACAAAACCGUCGAGCAGCGAACUACCCACAGGAGUCAUAGGAGGUGCGACAGUGAAUUCCACGUCACAGGGAAAAGGAACCAAGAGAUCGAGAAGAUAUUGUUCGAGCGCCGAUGAAGACUGCGACGAUCCAGGCACCAAAGCGGUGCGCGAAAAAGAACGCAGACAAGCCAACAACGUUCGCGAAAGUUCGAGCGCCGAGGACGAGGAUGAUGAUCCUGAUGUGAAGGCUCAGCGAGAGAAAGAAAGACGGCAGGCAAACAAUGCUAGGGAAAGGAUACGCAUCAGAGACAUAAACGAAGCUUUGAAAGAACUCGGCAGGAUGUGUAUGACACACCUCAAAACGGACAAACCACAAACGAAGCUCGGCAUUCUCAAUAUGGCUGUAGAAGUUAUAAUGACUCUUGAACAACAAGUCAGAGAACGAAAUCUGAACCCAAAGGCAGCGUGCUUAAAAAGGAGAGAAGAGGAGAAGGCUGAGGAUGGCCCAAAGCUUCCGGGUCACCUUGCAGGUCACAUAGCACAUCCGCAUCCCCAUACGCACGUCCAUACACAGCCACCCUUUUCCUCAAUGCCGGGACCGCCGCCUUCGCUCCAACAAAAUCCGGCGCAGCCACAGUAGCAAAUGUUCUCGAAUGACGGAGGGCUUGUCCUCUGUUGAAUAACAAAUAAUCUGCAAGGAGACGAUAAGUGAAGAAAUAAGAAGAUCACAGACUUGUGCUAAGUGCGCCCGCGCCCGUGGCGAGGCUGCUUUAAAUCAGAAAGCCCCGGUCGCGUCAGAGACAGGAACUCUCGCAAUAGGGAACGAAACGACUGAAUGAGAAAGAAGCAGAAACGAAUAAUUCUAAAUCCCAUAUAUGUAUGUACAUAUAUAUGUGAAUACGUAUGCGUAAUACGAGAGAGAGAGAUCAUAUAUAUACAUAUAUACAUGUAAACCUGCGUCGGUCGAGAUCGGAAAUGUGAUGUGGCGUCAAAAUUUCCCUUCUCUUCAUUCGUUCCCGCGUUUUUAGGUUUUUUCCCCAACUUCAUUCCCUUCUUUUAUUGUUUUGUCGAGGCUUGCCCCCUCCCCUGGCCCAAAUCUCUCUCCUUUUCUCUCUGUCUCGCUUUCUCUUUGUCUUCGUCUCCCCUUCUCUCUCUUCUCUGUAACACGCACUUCUUGUCCUCCUUUUCUCCCUGACUCGGUGUCUCUGCUUCUGCUUCCGUCUCUCCGUUUCUCUCUCUCUCUCUCUCUUUCAGAAGUAGUAAAAGUUUCGUUUACGCGCACCGCGGGUGAAUCGUUACCGAGCAAAAAGGGAAUGAACCGCUUACCGGCAUCUAUGACAAUAAAUAACUAUUAUUCGUAAAUGAUGUAAACGGAAGGAAAAGACAAAUACCGCGGUGCGGUAUUUAACGUAGAACUAUUGUAUCGUUACUCAUCACAUUUUUAUUCGACAUAUCAAAUAUUAUCUUGAGUAUAAAUUUUGGGAGUAAAAAUUCACCACCUACAUUGGAACUGUGGAGUGGAACUGAAGGACUCGAAGAAUAGUAUUGAGACAGAGAAAGAGAGAGAGAGAGAGAGGGAUGGAAGAUGCUAGGCGAGAUCGACAGAAAGUGAAUGAUGGAAGAAGGGGAGAGAAGAAAGUUGGCGUAAGCACAUUAUUUUAGUCGCGAUCUAACUGAAAGGAAGAAGAAAAAACUAUGCUUAAUGACAAAAGCAAAAGAAAAAAAAGGAUUUAAAAAAAAUAACGAAUAAUACUGCUCUAAAUGUUAUAAAUAAACUACAGCCGCUUCAAAUUAUUUUUAUAAAUAGCGAAUGAGACAUUAAAAAAUACUAUGCGAUAAUUAUGGUUCCUCUUUCGAUGAUAUACACGAAACAAACAAAGAAAAAAAUGACUGUUCGAAGAAUCGCGAUUAGAUGAAGACGGAUGUAAUAAUAAUUGUGACAAAAAGAAAAUAGCCAACAAACACAUAGUAAUACUAAUAAUACGAAGGAAGGGUACAAAUACGUACCCCAUAUACCAUAACAUACUAUAAUGAAAGAGAAAAAAGAAACUACUUGAUAGUGACCGAUGAUUCGAAGACUUUUGUUACUAAGACAGAUAUCGUAUUUCGAUUUUUCAGCACUGCGAUCAUCGGUCAUUUUGCGCGCGCGAGAAAGCCUUCAAGGAAUAGCAAAAAUGGACCGCGAGAGACUUAUGUUUUUGUGCAAAAGUAUCGGUGAGCGAGAAAAUCCAACAAGAAUUCUUCAUUAUUUAUCGAAUGUAAACUCAAUGACGUUGAAACGAUAUUGGGGAUUUAAAAAUAAACAACAAAAAAUGUUACGCUCCAAAUUCGUAUUCCGGUUGUGUAUAUGCAACGCAUACCCCAACUAUCGCGUUCAUUGAGUUUACGCAGUAGAUAACCGCGAUAGGUGAUUCGAGUACGUACGCGAUGGAUGGGACUGCAAGAUUGAGCGCGCGAUGAUUUAAAGAAUGCGGGAGAGAAUGAAAAAAAAAAAAAAAAAACGAGUUGCAAGCAAUCGAGUGAGUGCGAGAAAUAAGUAAUGUUGUACAUAAAGAUAAUAAGGAAUACAAAUGAGAACAAAAAAGCUCAGAGGCACUACUGCCGUCAUUCGAGAGUUAGGCCAUUGUUAUAACAUUGUAAUGAAUAUUCGAUAUCGUACCGAGCGACAUACGUCGAAAUUGGGCAAGUGGCUUCGAGGUAUAAAAACAACCAAAACACCCACAAUAUUUGCCCUCUUUUUAUCGUCACCCCGACGACACAAGCAAAACUUAUUCAAAUUUGUGACUGUCGUAGUCGCAUUUUAUUCCCGAUACAACUGUAUUAUUUUGCUCUUGUAUUCUUCUUCAUAUUUUAGACUUUUUCAACAAAUUUUAUUUAGUUUUUUUAUUACUUGGGCAACGGAAGACCGACGUUGUUACUCAUGCGAUCGCGAAAGACACGGACAAUAGAUGAGAUUAACGUAGUAUUUAGGAAAGUAUUAAGUAUUGUUGACCUUUGCUAUCCCUCAUUUCUCGUGCAGUUUAUUUCUCUUUGAGACUCGAUUGUAACGAGACAUGCCGGAUAAGACAGAGAUCUAAAUCACUUGGAAUUUCUUUCCUCGAUGCUACUUCACGAAAUAUAUAUCUGGCGUGCGACUUUUGGUGGCCUGAUUUAAAAAGCUGCUUGAGCACGGCGACUAGUGCAAAACAUCAAAAACUUGAAAAUAAAUGUAAACGAAUUGUUAUAUCGUUAUAUAUGAGACAGGCCAUUACAAGCUCAAUUGCAAUUGGAAUUAAGAGACAUUUGCUGUUUUUUUUUUAAAUUGUAUAAUUCCACUAAGGAGUGUAAAAAAGAAACAGAACAUUUUUUACUGUCGUUUAAGUUUUGACAUCGUGGAUGACUGCUUCCAAAUCCGAUUCAUUUUAUCCAAAGACACGACAGCGUCUUGACGUCGAGUAUUAAAAAGAAAAAUUUUAUAUUAAUCGACUUCGAAUCGACCUGCUUCAAAUGCGCACGAUUAAAUAGUAUAUUACGACCCUAGGCCCGAAAGUUGGAUAUUUUUCUUGAUCCCGUA